GCCAUAUAUAAAACAGCCCACUCCUCUGUUACCCUAAAGCAGCAGAGAGACGGAGGAGUUCUUUCACAGAAGGCAGAGCAGUGAGAUGGCUUAUCUCAGCUUCCUCAUCCUGACCUCCCUGUGUAUUGCGGGCCGAGAGGCCCUCAGCCUAUCUGACUGCGGAGCGUUCGCCAGAAGACCUGAAUAUACUGAUAUCUCUGUGGUGUGUGGCACAUCUGCCAUCGACCUGGCCAUUCAGAUCUGCCCGGUUAUCUACACCGGCUACAACACGAGCUUACUGAUCCUCAACCGCAUCCGAGACAACACAGACUGUCAAGGGACACUGGACACAUCAGUGGUUCCUCCUGUGGUCAGAUUCAGCUUCCCCAUCAGGGAGGGAAACGCCUGUGGGAGUAACUUUUUGACCACAAGCGCACCAGGAACAGGGAUAUUCUCAGACUUCUCCAACAUCCAGACGGUGAAUGUCAGCGGUGUGAUCCGAUCAUUCGACCCCACCAUCGGCACGAUCACCUACAAUGCUGAGCUAAAGUAUUACUACUCCUGUGCUUAUCCACUGGAGUAUCUCAUUAACAACACCCAGGUGGAUGUGUCUUCCUCCUCCAUUGCUCUGAAGGACAACAAUGGUAGUUUCAUCAGCACCCUCAGCAUGACUCUCUACAAGGAUAUCAAUUACACCACACCCCUUGUCAUUCCACCUCUGGGUGUCGAACUGAGAACAAACAUCUACGUUCAGGUGGUGGCAUCCAACCUGACCUCCCAGUACUUUGUCCUUUUGGACCGGUGCUAUGCCUCAGUGAACGCUCAGCCCUCCAACUCCACCAUCUUCAACCUGUUUGUCUCGUGCUCCAUAGAUCAGCUCACCACCAUGCUGGAGAAUGGGGAUAGCCAAAAGGCGCGCUUCUACUUCCCGGCGUUCCGAUUCAUAGAGCAGCAGAACGAGACCAUCUCCACCUACUACCUGCACUGCAUUACCCGGCUCUGUGAGCGCAGCACCUGCAGCACUUUUAAGCAAUGCAACAGGAAGAAGAGGAGUGUGGAGACCACGGUGGUCCAGGAGAGCAUCACUGAGACUGCUGUGCUUACUGUACCUAUAAGGGCCAAGACAGAGAACCCCAUUCUCUCCAAAGAAGAGGCGCUGUCUGGUGGCCACUCUGAUGGCAGGCGGGCGUCUGUUGGCCUGGGGAUUGCUGUCGCUGUCCUCAUUGUGAUAGGGGUGUCAGCCAUUUUGAUGGCGGCGUCUUUUUAUAGAAAACUGAAGCGGCUAAGCUAG